ACAGCCCAUCCAUGGAUAUUAUGGAGUAAUAAUUGAUAACUUUGAUGCACUCUUCUACCUCUUUAUUAUGAAGAUGUGACUAUUUUUUUUCUUUUUUUUUUUUUUUUUUUUUUUUUUUGAAGAUGUGAAAAUUUUACUUUAACAUGUGUACUUCCAUAUAACUAUUGAUAGAGAGAUUAUAUUGGAUGAAGCUGCAAUUUUGCACUACACAUAUGCAAGAUUCUCCGACUUAACUUCAAGGCGCGAUAGAUGCAAUUGCCAACCUACAGAAGAGGAUGUGAAACGAUGUUUCUGGUUGGAAUUCGAUAGAUCUGCAUUUAUAAUUGCUUCUACUGAAACGCAUGAAAGAAUGCUUCAAUGGUAUCGUGACCAUGUGGCAGGGGCGGUUCUGGGCCGGAGCGGGGUGUUCGACGGAACAAGGCCCCCAAAUUUGAGGGGCCCCAAAAUUCAGAUAUAUCGGUUGAUGAAUGGUUUUGAUGGAGUAUUGGAUUAUACAUAGCAAUUAGCGAUCUCGGAUCUGUCGAAUUCAAUCGUUGGCUUGUUACAAGCUUUUUCCGGUGAUAUUUUUCCUCUCUUAUCAAAUAUUUAGUGUAAUUGUGUUUAAAAUGUUUCGAAAGUAUCCAUCUGGGCAUGAAAAACGCAAUAAAAAAAAAGAAGGAAGAUCAAUUCAUUCAAUCACAAAAAGGUGCUUUAGAUAAGUUUUUUGUAAUAGUGCCACAGUCAACUGAAAAUCCUAUUGAUUCAGAGUUAAAAGAAAAUAAUGAUAAUGUUGGUGGUGAUAAUGUUAAUGUUGAUAAUGAUAAUGUAGAUGUGAUAAAUGACAAUGUUAAUGUUGAUGAUAAUAAUAUUAAUGUUGAGCAAGAAGAUGUGAAUCUGAAUAAUGUUAAUGAUUUUGAACAAAAUGUGGAGGAAAAUUCAGAUCAUAAUAUUCACAAUGUUGAAGAAAAUGAUUUUGUUUCUCGUGAUAUAUAUGAUCCAAGGAUAUGGGAAGCUCUUGAUCAGAAGUCGAUUGAUAUUUUGGCUCUCAAUGGCCCUAAAAGAGACUUAACCAUAGUGAAAGGCCCUAAAGAGAAAGUAUCUAGGAGAAUUACUUCAAAUUUAUAUACUAGGUAUUUGCCUAAUGGUGAAACUUGUGAUAGAGAUUGGCUUGUUUAUUUUAAAGAUAUUGACAAAGUAUUUUGUUUUUGCUGUAAAAUUUUCAAAAAGGGUAUCGGAAAAGGCAAUUUGGUAAAUGAAGGAUAUAAUGAUUGGUCACAUGUUAGUCAUAGACUUAAAGAACAUGAAACAAGUGUUGAUCACAUUUUGAACAUGGGUGCUUGGUGUGAACUAAGAAAUAGAUUGAAAAAUAAUGAAACAAUAGACAAAAUUACCCAAGACCAAUUUCAUAUAGAAAAGGAGUACUGGAAAAGUGUCAUUAUUAGAAUUAUUGCUAUUGUGAAGUUCCUUGGUAAAAAUAACCUUGCAUUUCGUGGGAAACAUGAAAGGUUAUAUCAAAGUAGCAAUGGAAAUUUUUUUGGUUUGAUUGAAAUGUUGGCUGAAUUUGAUCCUAUGAUUAUUGAGCAUGUUCGUCGUAUUGAGAAUGGGAUUAUUCAUCAUCAUUAUCUUAGCCAUGAAAUUCAGAAUGAAUUGAUACUCUUACUUGCUUCUAAAAUCAAUAAUGCUAUCAUGAAGAAAAUAAAAGAAGCAAAAUAUUUUUCUGUGAUGUUGGAUUGUACACCUGAUGCUAGUCAUCAAGAACAAAUGACUUUAAUUUUAAGGUGUGUUGACAAAUGUUCAAAUUCUUAUAAAGUGAAAGAAUUUUUUAUUGAGUUCUUACAAGUUAAUGAUACUACUGGUCUAGGACAGUUUAAAGUGUUAGAAAAUGUGUUAAUAUCUCAUGAUCUUGACAUAGAUAAUAUAAGGGGACAAGGAUAUGAUAAUGGUUCUAACAUGAAAGGUAAACAUCAAGGUGUGCAAAAGAGACUAUUGGAUUUGAAUCCUAGAGCUUUUUAUUCUCCAUGUGGUUGUCAUAGUCUUAAUUUAGUUUUGUGUGACAUUGCAAAUGCUUCUCCUAAAGCAAGGGAAUACUUUGGUAUAGUCCAACGCAUUUAUACUAUAUUUGUUGGUUCUACUAAGAGAUGGCAUAUUUUAAAAGAAAAUGUUAAAGGUUUAACUCUUAAAUCAUUAUCUGCCACUCGAUGGGAAAGUCGUGUUGAAAGUAUCAAAGCAAUCAGAUUUCAAAUACCUGAGAUACGUGAAGCCUUACUUGAAGUAGCUGAAGUAGCUGAUGCUGACAAUGAUCAUAAACUUCAAAGUGAAGCUAGAUCUUUAGCAAAUAAUGAACUUGGUAGUUUUGAAUUUUUGCUUGCUACAAUCAUUUGGUAUGAAAUUUUAUGUGCUGUAAACUUUGUUAGUAAACAAUUACAAUCCCAGGAUAUGCUGAUUGAUAUCGCCAUUGGUGAGAUUAAAGGGUUGAUUUCCUUUUUUAAAAAUUAUAGGGAGAAUGGUUUUUCAAAGGCCAUAGAUAUUGCAAAAAAAUUAGCUAUUGAAGUUGGCAUUGAUCCUGUAUUUCCACAAAGACGUAUAAUACGUAGAAAAAGACAAUUUGAUGAGAUAGAUGGUGAUGAAACACUAUUAUCUCCUGAGGAAUCAUUUAGAAUCCAAUAUUUUAUAUACAUUGUGGAUCAAACUAUUGCAUCAUUGGAAAAAAGGUUUGAACAAUAUGAAUCGUAUGAUAAUAUCUUUGGCUUUUUGUUCAAUUCUGAUAAGUUGCAUUCAAUGGAUGAUGAGAAACUUUUAUCUUCUUGUUUAGCUUUUGAAAAUGCUCUUAAGAAAGGUGAGGUUUCUGAUGUUGAUGGAGAGGAUUUAUUUGUUGAGUUAACAUGGUUUAGAGAGUUUUUACCCAAGGAGAAAAUGGGAGCAAUUGAUUUAUUGAAUUUUUUAAAACGAUAUACUUGCUUCCCAAAUGCAACAAUUGCAUAUAGGAUAUUACUAACAAUUCCUAUUACUGUUGCUUCUGCAGAACGGAGUUUUUCAAAGUUGAAGUUGCUGAAAUCGUACUUAAGGACGACAAUGUCACAAGAAAGAUUAAAUGGACUCGCAUUGAUGGCUAUUGAAUCUGAUCUUUUAGAUGAAGUCGAUAUGGAGAAUGUCAUCGAUGACUUUGCUACAAAACAUACAAGAAGAGCUACUCUUUUUAAGUGAUUUCUAGGAACAAUCAAACUUUGAUAUUUUGUAGUAUGAUUUGUAGCUUGGAUGUUAUGUUAUUUAAGUUGUUUUGUUUGCUGAUGAUCAGCAGCCUUUUUAGGCCCAAGGAUCAUGGCCACAUUGUGCUUCUUGAUCCUAAUUUUGUAAACCUUAAUCAUCUCCCUUUUAUUUUAAAAAAAAAUGAUGAAUUUUCUAAUGUAAUGAAUUUUUUUAUCAAAUAAAAAUUAGGUAUUAAAUUUAUGAACUAUAAGGCCCCAUUUUAAAAAGUUAAACAGGGCCCCAAAAUUUUUUUGCAAUUUUAGCCCCGGCACUGCCAUGUGGUGUGGGAUAAUGAUAAAAUGAAUCGUAAAUUAUUGAAAUAUGGUAUUUUAACUCGCAUUUAUACUCCCAUGGUAAGUCUUUACAUACCAAAAAAAAAAAAAAUUACUUUGUGAUCUAUCUCGAUGUCUCAUUCAUAAAAAAAAGCUUUCACAGGUAAAUUAUUCAGAAAUUAAGGGAAUCCGGGAUUUUUGCUUCUAUAAUCUCAUCGGCACAAGACACUUCACCUUCAAUUGAAUGAAAAUAUUUUCUUCA